AUGCCCGUGGGCAGCCAAGAACAAAGAAAAGGGGCAGGAGUUCUCAGCAGCCUGCACGGCUCUAUGGGAUUGAGAGAAGACAAUUUAUUCUUCAAAAAUCCACGGACUCUCUACUUCUGCUGGCUAGGGACUCUGGUGGUGACCUACGUAAAGGCCAUCAACAGUGGAACAGUUCCUUGUCUGGAAAAUGCAGUGAUCACUCUGGCCCAGUGUGAGAACUCAGCAGCCGUGCAGAAGGCAGCCGACCACUACAGUGAGCAGAUGACCCAGCAAGUGAGGUUGCCCACAGUCACGCUCCAGGAGCUGCUAGAUGUGCAUGCAGCCUGUGAGGGGGAAGCCACUGCAAUCUUCGUGAAGCACUCCUUCAAGGAUGACAAGCAGGAGGUCCAGAAGAAGCUCCUGGGUACCAUAGAGAAAAAGAAGAAGGAUUUCUUGCUGCAGAAUGAAGAGGCAUCUGUCAAAUAUUGCCAAGCUGAGCUUAGGCAGUUUUCAAAGCCCCUGCUGGAAAAUAUUUCCAGAGGAACUUUCUGUGUGCCUGGAGGACACAGUCUCUACUUAAAAGCAAGGAAGAAGGUUGAACGGGACUAUGAGCUGGUGCCCAGGAAAGGAGUCAAGGCGAACGAGGUCCUCCAGAGCUUCCUGCAGUCACUGGCAGCAAUAGAGGAAUCCAUCCAGCAGGCAGACAGAGCCCUCACUGAGGCAGAGAAGGUCAUGGCAGCUGAGCGUGCCAAGAAUCAGGCAGCUGGGAAGGAACUAGAGCAGCUAAGACAGGAACUGAGGAAACUGCAGCAAAAAAGGGACGAUCAAAAGAGAAUCUUCAAAGAAUGUAUAGCCCGACAGAAAGAGAAGGAGAAGGAAAGAGAAAAGCAUCAGAGACAGCGGGAAGGGACGCAGAACAAGUGGAAGGACCAAAGUGAAGGAUUUAAAAAGAAAUCUCAGUUCAAUAACAACGGAAAUCAACCAAAAAAAGAGAAUGGAAAUGGUACAAACGAUUGCCCUUUAGUGGUUUUAGUGAUCCUUCCUAUAACUGUGAUGUGUAUGGUAUGCCUGAGACUUCUUGCAUUAUGACUGUAAUGAUGAAAUUUCUCCCCUAAAUAUGCUGAAAAUCCCUGUUAAGUACAGUAUAAAAGGCUUCUUAUGAUUCCACAAGCUGGACAUAUUCUCUUGACUCUGGGUAUUUGCACACAGGACACAAACUUCUUUAACCAUCCCAGCUCCUCACCCUGGACCCUUGAUUCGCUCACCUCCAUUCCUCCUUACGGUCUCCUAUUUCCUGACUUUCUGAGAUUGGAUGAGGUGUCCCUCCUCUGUCCCGCCAGUGUGCCAUGUUGUCCCUCCUACCAUAGCACUUUUUAUAUAAUUGUAAAAUUGAAAUGACCAGUUGCAGCUGUCUCCCCUACAGCCUCACGAUCUCAACUACUUGAUCUUCGUCGUCUUAUCUUUAGCAUCUACCACCAAGUCCACCACUUAAACAACAGAUGUUCAAAAAAUGUGGUUGAUUAUACAUGAGCUACCAUCCUAGAGGACCAUAAAUUACCAUGUCCUCAUGAUAUUAACUGUUCUCUAGGUUCUCAUAAUAAAGGAGUCAGUCAUAGGAACUAGCGCAGAAGGGACUCAU